GCGCGGUCCGUGCCGCCUUCUAGGCUUAGGGACCAGCUUCCUGGCUCUGGGCUCCUUGCGAAUUUUCUCCAGCUCCGCCAUGUGGAGCGGACGGCAGGGCCGCCUCAGGCCGGUGGGCUGCGUAGUGGAGGAGCUACGGUGCCGCCGGCGGGAGCGGGAGGCAGCACUGAGGAAGGCGCGGAGGGAGCAGCAGUUGGUCAGUAAGAGGCUGCUGAGAGACGACGUCCUGGAGGAAGUCGAAGGGGGGUGUGUGGCCAAGAUCCUCGGGGAAGCUGAGAUCCAACAGUUCCUCCGGUUAGCGCAACGAGGGACAGAGGAAAAGGAGAGAGAGAGGGCUCUGGUCAGCCUUCGUCGAGGCUUGCAGCACCCUGAGACGCAGCAGACCUUCAUCUGGCUGGAGGGCAGCAUUCGGACCUUGGUCGGGCUUCUGACCAGCAGCCAAGCCCUGUUGCAGCUAGAGGCCGCUCGGUGCCUUCAUGAGCUCUCUCAUUCUGAGCAGUCUGCGGUGGCUGAGGCCUGCCUGCCAGCCACUUCAUACCUUCUCACCUACCUCUCCGGUCACAGCUCAGACUUUAUAGAGCUCUGUCUGUAUACACUGGGUAACCUGAUUGUGGAGAGUGAGGCUGUGAGAAGGCAGCUCCUGCCACAGGGCAUUGUUCCAGCUUUGGCUGCCUGCAUCCAGUCCCCCCAUCUGACUGUGCUGGAAGCCCUUGGAUAUGCCUUGUCCCAGCUCCUGCAGGCUAAGGAAGCUCCAGAGAUGAUCAUCCCCUCUGUCUUGGGCUCCACUCUCCCCCAGCAUAUCCUGCGACUGUUGCAACCUGGCCCAAAGCUGAACCUUGGGGUCGCUGUGGAGUUUGCUUGGUGCCUGCACUACAUCAUCUGCAGCCAGGUCAACAAUGCCCUGCUUAUCUACCAUGGGGGUCUGUCCACUCUGGGGCUGCUGCUGCUGGAUGUGGCUGGGGCUGUCCAGAGAACUGAGGAUGCAGGACUGGAGUUGCUGGCAUGCCCUGUGCUUCGGUGUCUAAGCAACUUGCUAACAGAAGCAGCGGUGGAGGUUGGGGGAGGGCCAAAUCAGCUCGAAGAUGAGCGUGUUGUGGCGGCCUUAUUUAUCCUUCUGCAGUUCUUCCUCCAGAAACAGCCCAGCCUACUUCCUGAGGGCCUCUGGCUCCUUAACAACCUCACUGCGAAUAGUUCUAGUUUCUGUACUUCCUUGCUCUCCAUGGAUCUGAUCGAGCCCCUCUUGCAGUUGCUGCCAGUUUCUAAUGUGGUGAGCGUAUUGGUGCUCACGGUUCUGUGCAAUGUGGCUGAGAAGGGUCCUGCUUACUGCCAACAUCUGUGGCCAGGGCCCUUGCUCCCCUGCUUGAUGGGCACGCUAGCGUCCUCUGAUACUGAAGUAGUAGGCCAGAGUUUAGAGCUGCUGCAAUUGCUGUUCCUCUAUCGGCCAGAGGCUGUGGAGGCGUUUCUGCAGCAAUCAGGGCUGCAGGUCCUCGAACAGCAUCAGGAGGAGGCACAGCUCCAGGAUCGUGUGCGUGCUCUCCAGAAGACAGCUCUUCACAGGUGAUCUGGCUUCUUGAUGCCACUCAUUCAGCUCAUCACCUCCCCCUACCCCCUCAACUUCCUUGCCCCUGGAUCCCCUUUUGAGGAUUUAGAACCAUGACAUCUCAUGUUCUCUGCUCCUGUGUU